AUGUCGUCGUUAUCCCAUGGAAAUGGCCAGCGGCGAUCCGAUGAAAAGAGAAGGUGGAUAAGGAAUCGUUUUCCAAUGGGUUCCACCGCUCCAAAGUUGUUCGCGAAAAGUCAGACAAGCGACAAACUUCAAAUGUCAGUCAACCUCGAAUCCACCCCCUCGAAUAAGGUAAUCAUCCCUCACUCCUUCGUCGACGUGAUUAAGAGGUGA